AUGUCUGACACGACACCAAUUGCAAGGCGACAACAACUGUUAAAUUUAAGUAGUCUAGGUUCACCAGAUACUAUAACCUCUGCUACUCCAAUACCCAUUACACCUCAUACCAUAAACAUAAACACUACAAGAAGAUCUCCUCCCUCUAGAGAAUUAUUACAUCCUGAUGUUGAAGCUCUUGCUGACAAUCCUAUAGAUGAUGAAUUGAGAACAAUAUUAAUGAGAGAAUAUAACAUUGAUCAUAAUCUUUCAAACUCUGGAGGAUCUUCAACACCAAGACGGCAAGGACGGGGUGAUAUUCAUCCAACGCGUAAUGAUAUUAAAUUUUCAGAAAACGAUGAAGAUAAUAAUAUGACCAGCACAAAUAAUAUACCAACAACAAUUGAUGUUAGAGAGACUAUUUGGGGUACCAAUAUCAAACUUGAACGUGUCAAAAUUGCUUUCAAAAGGUUUUUGCGUGAGUUCAGAAGACAAUUUCGUCAGGAAAAAGAAGGAAUUGAUUUGAUUUCCACUGAUGCUGAUUCUUUUUAUGUUCAGUAUAUGCAUAAAAUUGAGGAAACAAAGAUUUAUGUAUUGAACCUUGAUACAAAAAACCUUCUUGCUUAUGAACCAUCUGAAAAACUUUAUCAUCAACUUAUAAGAUAUCCCCAAGAUUUGAUUCCAAUAAUGGACGAAGUGGUCACUGAAACCUAUAAUGAACUUUGUUCCGAGCAAACCAUGAUGCCAAUUAAAGUGAGAGCAUUUAAUUUAGAAAAAUCUAUUAAUAUGCGUGAUUUGAAUCCAUCAGAUAUUGAUCAAAUGGUUUCUGUGAAAGGACUUAUUAUUCGUACUUCACCAAUACUUCCUAUCAUGUCGACUGCAUACUUCCGAUGUUCAAUAUGUGAUAAAUCUGAAGAGGUGACAGUGAUACGUGGUAAAAUAGAUGAACCAUCAAAAUGUCCUAGACUUCAAUGUAAUUCGGUUGGGACAAUGAACUUGAUACAUAAUAGGUCUUAUUACAAAGAUAAGCAAAUAUGUAGAUUGCAAGAAACACCAGAUUGUAUUCCUGAUGGUCAAACACCACACACUAUAACGAUUUGCUUAUAUGAUGAUUUAGUUGAUGUGAUAAGACCUGGAGACAAAGUGGUAAUCACUGGAAUUUAUCGAUCCUUUCCAAUUCGUUUGAAUCCAAAUAAACGUACCAUCAAAUCUUUAUUUAAAACCUUUGUUGAUGCUAUACAUAUCAGUAAAACUGAUAAAUCAAGAUUAAGUUCGGAUUCGGUAUUAUUAAAUGAAAAUGAAUAUGCACCAAAUUAUGAUGAGACCGAUAAUAUUAGCUGUAAAAGACCUGAUACUACAAAUCAAGUAAAUCCUUUUGAUUUAAAAGAAGUUGGAACUAAAAAAGAUGAUGAACAAAGAACAAAACCUAAAUUUACAGAUGUAGAAAUUAAUGAUUUCGAGCGAUUAUCAAAACAACGCUUUGCUUAUGAAACUUUAGCUAAUUCUUUAGCUCCAAGCAUUUUCGGAUUAGAUGAUGUUAAAAAAGGCAUACUCCUACAGUUAUUUGGAGGUGUGCAUAAAAAGUUUGAAAAAUCAGGAUCCCCUCGUUUUAGAGGUGAUAUUAAUAUCUUAUUAUAUGUUCAUAAAAUGUCACCUCGUGGAGUUUAUACUUCAGGAAAAGGUUCGUCAGCUGUCGGCUUAACUGCUUACGUCACAAGAGAUCCAGAUUCAAAACAAAUGGUUCUUGAAAGUGGGGCUUUGGUUUUAAGUGAUGGAGGUAUUUGUUGCAUCGAUGAAUUUGAUAAAAUGUCGGAAGGGACUCGUGCAGUACUUCAUGAAGUCAUGGAACAACAAACCCUUUCUGUAGCCAAAGCUGGUAUUAUUACCUCGUUAAAUGCUAGAGCAUCUAUUCUUGCUUCAGCAAAUCCUGUCAAUUCAAAAUACGAUCCUAAACUGUCUAUUGUCCAAAAUAUUAAGUUGCCACCGACAUUGAUGUCUAGACCUGGAAUAGUGCCGUUCGAAACUUUAUCAAAAUACAUUUCAUAUGCAAAAACACAUUUUGAUCCAAAAAUUGAAGAUGAUGCAACCCAAACUGAAUUAGCCAAGAUUUAUGUGGAAUUACGUAAAUUAGGACAAGAUUCUCUUUCAUCGGAAAAAAUAGUUACAGCAACCCCCAGGCAAUUGGAAUCCAUGAUUAGAUUGGCAGAAGCUCAUGCUCGUAUGAGACUUUCAAAAAAUGUGGAUAUUCAUGAUGUUAAAGAAGCAGAAAGAUUAUUGAGGGAAGCAAUGAAAACGGCAGCUUGGGAUCCAGAAACUGGUAGAAUUGAUAUGGAUUUGAUUACUACAGGUCAUAAUAUUAAUGAUAGGGAAAGGGGAGCAGAUAAAUUGUUAAAGGAAGAUGAGGAAAAUGGAGAAAAUGAAUAA